AUCACAAAAGGGUCUGCUCGGCCGACGUGAGUCUAAAUUUAGUGUGCCAAUCGACAGGAGGGCAAAACCACCAAUAUCACUUGCACCGAACGCUGAUCCACUGCUUCCUCUGCGAGCGGUGGUUGUUUACUGAAAGUGUUGGAAACCAACAGAUGAGCUUGUGAUGGCGGCCGACCUGUUAACCCUGACCGAGCGUCAGCUUCAAAUCAGUUAUGAGGAGGCCGUGGUGGCCGAGCAGCUGCAGGCAGAGCUGCCCCAUCGGCCAGGGUGGGUGCCGUUGCUGCACGAGGCUGUCAUCGAAGGCGCCCGCUCGGCCAAGGUGCCGUUCUACAACCUGACCACCAGGGUGAUCGACCAGGUGCCCUUCAACUCAAGACGCCUCGUACGCGCCCUCAACCGCGUCAAGAGAAAUUUUGACGCCAUCCGUGCCGCACAACUCGGCAAGAAGAGUGUUUUGGAGCAGAGAGCGGCAAAAUUGGUCGAUUCUCGUCUGGAGAUGUCAAGCAACUUCUUCAAGGCGGUCGGCAGACAAAUUCUGCAAAACGUGGCCAUGCGACCCGACUUCCGCGAUGACAGCGAGUGGGAGGAGCCAGUGGCCGCUGGCCUGCUGGUGGCCUCGCGGGCCGCCAUUUACGACAAGCCGUUCGGCAACACUGCCGGCGAGUAUAACAAGGGGGUCAUUAAAUUUUUGGCCGUCUCCCGGCCACCCGGAGUACCACCUCGGCGCAUUACCGACUUUCACCCUCCGGCAAUCGGUUUUGAUUUCUCCAAGAUGAUGCUGACGACGGCCAACUUCCACCAGGGCCUCACCUUUGACAUUCAGAGGGCUGGAAUUUUGUCCAUCGAGGUCAAAGGUGAAAAGCGUAUGACGUGUACACUCUCUGGCGAUGCAACCUUUGAAAAUUUGGGAUUCGGCUUUGGCGGCGAAGUGAUCGGUAUCACUUCGACAGGCCUCAGGGUCACGGCGUACGACAUCAUGCUCAAACAGGAAGAUUCGAUCAAGGCUUAUCAGUACUUGGGCUACAUCAUUCGGGCGUACGAAAGCCUCAUCGAGAUGAGCGCGGAAGGCGUUCUCCAGGCCACCACCGUCCAUAACCAAAUCUCGGAAAUUGACUGCGAAAACAGAGUCGUGAAAACGGGACAACUUUUCAUUCAGCAAAACAAUUGGUACGGAGUGGCCGUUGACGACUGGGUGGACCUGAUCGAUGGCACAGACGUUCCCAACUCCAGGGAAUUCCCACAGAAUUUCAUCUCCGAGCGCUACAUCCUACCUUGCGCCGGCAAAAUCCACCUCACGUGGGACCUGCAGUACACGUCUUCGUCAUUCUCUUCGUUUAACAACUGGGAAAUCGAGCGCUUGAGAGCCUUCUACGAAAAGACAAAAGCUUUUGUCUUCUACAGCGGCCUCAACACUGUCUUCAACAUCCACAUCGGCCGUAUCGACUCAAGCGUGUGCGUCAUCAAGUGUCCGAGCAACAGGAAAACUGUCUUCUACACGGCACCCCCGUCGGCUUACAUUACUGGCUACAACCAUUAUAACUGCACUUAUCAUUUCAUGGGAGUUGGCGCGAGCGUGGAUAUCGUGGUGCACAACAAACCAGACGGAAACAACAAAAUAAGACUCGAGUCGACUCAUGGUGUGUCCACGUGGGUCAUCAGGCACGAUAGCAAGCCAGACGAGCAGUUGGUGCUGAACGAAUGCAAAGAUGACCGGCUGGUGCUAAUCUUCAGCCUGGUCAUCAUCACUGUGCAUGGGUUGGACAAAAACACGCUAAUUUUCCAGCGCGGCUUGAUUUCCUGCAGGUACGACCCCACGUGCAACCGCGAGUGGCCGACGGUGAGCACACAAUGGGUGCACCUGCACAAAGGAGAUCUGCAGAACAACCUCGAAAUGCUCUGUACAAGGUUUGACGUUCCUCAAGUGACCAUAACUGGGGUGCGCUGUGUCGAAAGCAGCUCUGGCAAGCAAAUCGAUGACAUUUCUUUGUGCUACGACAGCAAAUUCAAAACCCUUAACGGAGAAACUAAGGAAGGAUGGCUUUUCUCCGGCCCUCCACAGCUUUUCGAUCCUGAGGAUGCUUUUAAAAUGGAGUGCGUGGGCGCCGACCUUGCACCUUUUGCUAAAAUCCAAUCUAAGCCAUCGGUAUCAUUCUUGGACAUGGCUGCACUCUUCGGAGCAAAAAAACCUGCUCGUAAGACGUGGACAGUGACCGACUCGCACCUGAGCAUGUAUGGUGAAUUCUCGGAGCCGCACCAAGAGGCGGUGUUCCGCUCCCUGAGUGGAUUUGAAGUGUCGUGCAACGCUCUAGACGUCGUUUUGACUGAGCUGGAAGCCAAGUGGUUCCAGGGCGACAUUUCCAAGGAACGACUGCAGCCACUAGGCGAGGAAUUGCAGGCGCUAAAGCUCUUCCCCGAGCUGGAAAAAAUCAUGACGGACACUUUAAGAAUCGACUUUGGAGAUCACUAUGCUCAUAUUCUCAGACACAAGGGCUGCCCAGUAUUUCUUGCGCCAAAGAAGUUGGAGGUUUUGGGCCUGGUAGCCGGCGUGUCACCACUGCUGAUAGAUGACACCGAAGGGAUCGCCUACACCACCCCUCUGAGCCACGACUGGAGCAACCUGGAGCAGCAAAAAGUGAACACGACGCAGCUUUUCCAGGGAGUCGGCAAAUUGAAGGCCAUCGAAGACAGGUACGACCACUUUAAGGUGCAUAGCGAGGCCGACCUGAUUUUCCACGUCACAGACGACUUGAGACUGCGGCUGGUGUCCGUUGACGACUGCAGCCGCGGCGUCGAGGAACUGCAGACGCUGCUGGACAAAAAGCUUUUCGAGGCGUGCGACAUUGUGUGCUACAACUCGGCGCCGCACAACGUUUCCUUCCUGUACCAUCCACUGCUGCAGCGCGUGUUCAAACACCGCCGGCUGCGCAACAGCAAGUUCCUCGCGUGCCUGGGCCACAGGGAAAACGCGAUAUUCGUGUUUGAUGCCAGCCAGAGGGCCGUCUUCAAGCUGACGGACAAGACGGAGGACGAGUCCGCCUUCUGUGUGUGCGCCGCCGCCUCCCGCCAGAACGACACUUUGCUCUUGGAGGGCGAAGAGCUUGAGUUUGAGCUGUACAAGCUCGAGGGCCUCCACUCGAUGUACCAUCAGCUGCAACAGGAGAGGUCGGUCCUGCAACUGCACAUGGACGAGCACAAGGGCAUCCGCUGCGUCUUUGAGGCGUCCUAUCGUGACGAGUUUGCCAAAGAAAUCUACGUAGACGUUAGCGGCGCCAGGGUGGAGAAUUUGGACAUGAGCGUUGACCGAAACACCGACGUCGUGGUCAAUCACAACGAUACUAAGCUCAUCUUCUUGGCGGCGGCCGCCAACGACAUCCGGCCGGUCGACAUUCGAGUCUUCAUCCGCAACUCUAAGAUCUUCAACCGCUUCCCACUGACGAUGUCCCAGGCGUGCAACUAUGUCGCGCCUUUCGCUAUAUAAUACAGUAGUUUAAAAAAUAUAUGUCAGUUUGUAUCAUAUAAAAUUUUGGGAUUUUGCUACGCGUGAGAAAUAAAAUACUUCUCCUGUCAAUUUUAAA